AUAAAAAUACAUAUUUACUAAAAAGUGUUUAACAAAUUUAAAUAUAUAUACAAAAUAUGUAUACAAAACGUAAAAUUUGGCGUAAAAAUUUAUACGAAAAUGAAGACUAUCCGGAUAAUUAUACAGAUCCUACAUUUUUAAAAGAUUUGAAAACUAAUUUGCAUGUACAAUUUUACACACUCAACGAUGCUAUACAAGGCGUUACAGUACUCAACAAUCAGAUAUCAUGUAUUACUGGAUUCCUCAUCAUAUUCUAUGUGAUGUAUAGCGAAAAAGUAUCCCCAACGAAUAUACUAUGGCCAAGUUUCCUUAUGACCAUUGUAGGUUACAUUUAUUUUCGCCGAAAACACUUAAACCUUGCAAUUAUAGUGGAGGAUUCAAAAACAUUGUUGACGGUGCUGCUGUUUGGUUAUUUAUUUGCUCCCAUAUUGCACACUCUCACCGAUGCUGUGUCCACGGAUACUAUAUUCUCUAUGACAUUUAUGGUGAUGUUUUUGAAUUUGAUAUUUUGUGAUUAUGGACUUUCGGUUGCAAUGGUGUCAAAGACGAUUUCAUUGAAUGCUGCUAUAUUUGGAUCAAUAUGCUUAGCAUCCCGUUUGUCGACAUCAUAUCAUGCCUUUGUUUUGUUGGUAGAAGCUGCGAUAUUUUUUGUCCUAUAUCCUAUAGUCACUAAAGAAUAUUGGCAUUCUUAUAUGAUGCUUCCCAUUUUUGCAGCGUGCUGCUAUUGUCUUUAUUUUAUCUCGACCAAUGUAUUAUGGAUUUAUGUUUCCGUGACUUUCUUUAUUAACAUAGUGUGUCCGUGCAUUUUCGUCAUUCAGCAACGACAUAAACAUAAUAUUCAUGGACCAUGGGAUGAGGCAAUCGUUGAAGAGACCACCGAUGAUAAUAUUGAUAUUAAAUUAUAGCAUUUAUUAAAUUCUUAAUAAAUAUAUGUACCUAUUUAGUUUAUAAAGUUAUUAUGUACAUAUAUAUAAUUAAAAAAAUAUUAAUAACAGACUGUAAAUUAUGUACAUACAUACAUACAUAUAUUAUGACAUGUAUUUAUUUUAAAAUAAAAAUCCAAAAAGAAAUGUACUAUGUAAA